AGUGAAAGUGGAAGGAAGUCAUCAGGCCUUAGACUUCUCCUUCCCUCUUUUAUCUCAAUCCACGCUAAGUAUCCACAGCUGAACUCUUUCUCCCUCUCAUUUCCCCUGCAAAAGGAGCAAACAAACCUCCUCCUCCUGCCCACCACCUGUCUCCAUGGCCACCUUGCAAGAUCCAUGCGAUCCUCCCUUCCUACAAAGAUACAGUUCUCUGUUCUCUUCUGCAACUAGAACGCAGCCAUGUUCCAGGAGCAACGAAAACAGAGUUUUUGAGGAAUGCGAGCUCCCAUUGAUAGAUUUAUGGCGCCUGCAUUGUGGGGACGAAGAAGAGAGGAAGGCUUGCGUGGCUGAGAUCGGGAGAGUUUCUUCGGAGUGGGGAUUCUUCCAAGUAGUAAAUCAUGGCAUCAACGCGGAGCUUCUGAGGGAUAUUAAGAUAGAACAGAGGAGGCUGUUUCAGUCGCCGUUUGAGAAGAAGGUGAAAUCGAAGGUUUUUAACGAGUCUUACAGGUGGGGAAAUCCAACUGCAACUUCGCUGGAUCAGUUCUCCUGGUCAGAAGCCUUUCAUGUCCCGCUUUCCAAGCUUGCAGAACAUGAUCAUGGCUUCGAAGAAGAGUUUAUGUCGUUAAGGGCAGUGAUGCAGAAGCUCGCUGGAGCCAUGUCGGAGCUUGCGAGGAUAUUGGCCGGCGUUCUUGCCGAGAAUUUGGGAUGCCUUUCCACCUGUUUGGAAGAGAACUGCAGCGAGGGCACCUGCUUCCUUCGUCUCAACCGAUACCCACCGUGCCCAUUUUAUCCCGAUACCUUCGGCUUCAUCCCGCACACCGACAGCGAUUUCCUCACCAUUCUCCACCAGGAUCAGAUCGGCGGCCUCCAAUUGAUGAAGGAUUCCAAAUGGGUCUCCGUCAAGCCCCACCCCGAAGCCCUAAUCGUCAACAUCGGAGAUCUCUUUCAGGCAUGGAGCAAUGAUGUGUACAAGAGUGUGGAGCAUAAGGUGAUGACGAAUCAGGUCGAGAGGUAUUCCAUUGCUUUCUUUCUUUGCCCCGCGUAUGAAUCCAUUAUAGGGAGCUGUAAGGAGCCUUCUCGCUAUAAGAAGUUUACUUUUAGGGAGUACAGGGGGCAGGUGCAGGAGGAUGUUAAGAGAACUGGAUAUAAAGUUGGGCUCAAAAGAUUUAUUGCAUGAUUAUGCAUUAUUCAAUUUGAUGGAUUGAUAUGUUUCUUGAAUUGAAUUAUUAGAUUUAGUAAUGCAAGCACCAUAGCUAGUCUGUGGACUAACAGCUUAGUCUUUUAACCAAGAAGUCCUGAGUUUAAAGUUUUGUACAUGCGAUGCGCAUGAAUUUAUGAUUAAAUUCGCUCAAAUUUGCCCGAUUAUUAGUUGACUAACUAAGUAAAAUUACUGCAUCUAACCCCCUUUCCAGGAUGGCAAGGAAUCAUUCAAGUUUGUAAGGUUUAGAUUUAUGAUAUAAAUGAUUAAUGUAAUAUUCCAGGCU